AUGGCCACAAUUUCCACCUCAACGUCCCUAUCGGACAGCAAUCGGACACUUCAAAAAGCCACACUCGAAGAUAUACCCGCCAUUAAAGCCAUGGUCGACGCCGCCUAUUCAAAAUACAUCGAGCGGAUUGGCAAACCCCCAGCCCCCAUGACAGAAAACUGGGUCGAGACGAUCCGCGCGCACGAAGUUCUCGUCCUGAGGGACAAUGAGCAGAUCGUGGGCUCGAUCACAUUCUACGAGGACAAGCAGACAAACUCGCUGAAAAUCGACAAUGUGGUGGUCGACCCGACAGCGCAAUCUCGGGGAUAUGGAUAUUAUAUGAUCAGACACGCAGAAAUGGAGGGCCGAAAACAAGGGCUGUCUAGUGUAACAUUAUUCACCAAUGUGAAGAUGUUCGAGAAUCUUGGAUACUAUCCGAAACUGGGAUUUGUGGAAACGGAGCGAAAAGUGGAGGAUGGAUUUGAACGUGUAUAUUUCUAUAAGAAGCUUGGUAAAUAA